AUGGCGAGAGGCCGUCGCCUCCUCAGCUGUGCGGCUGCGCUCGUGGCGAUCUCGGUGAUUUCGCUCGUCUCUGCCGAAGUUUUCUUUGAGGAGCGCUUCGACGGUAAUCCUCGACACGCGCGUCCAUUCUCUUUUUCGAGGAUAUCUGGAUCGUUGUGCGUGCUGAGUGGUGGCUCGAUCUGUUUCUUCUGCUUCCCGGAGACGAUCCGAUCCUUGUUUUAUUUGUCGGUUUGAUGUGUUAACUGAUCUUCAUCUCUCAUUCUCGUACGGAUCGUAUGAUUUGUUUCUCUGAUGGAUCUGGUGGGAUGUAGCGUUGGCAUUGCUUUUAUAUGAUUUUUUUACGGUUGAUAGCUGUUGCAUCGUAAUUUAUUAGAUCUUGUUGUCGCUCGCCUGACUGCUCUCAGCUCAUGAAGCGUCUCUGGACGACCUACGUGAUCGGCCUUCUGUAUCGUGCUGGUGCAUCUUAAAUGAAGUGAACUUUUCGUGUAAAUAAUAAAUCUGAUUGUACGUCUGGGAAAUAUUCGUCUAGUGAUAUCAGCUUAGGUGUAUGAGACGAUCUUAUUUUUCCUCUUCUGCUUGACAAGGUAUGUCAAGCGCAGGGGCAUCAUUUGGUAUAUGUACAUGGAUUUUAUGCGAUUGUCAUUUAUUCAAACACUCUGUUCCGCAUUAGCUGUCGUGGCUGUUUUGCUGGACCUCUUUUUACUUGGAUUAGAGAUGAUUUCACAUUGUUCCUGAUUUCCUGUUAUAUGAUUUUACUUGAAAAAGUUUUAAAAGAGGAGCACUUAAUCUGAUCUUAUAUCUUGCGUAAUUUUUUUGAGUACCAUUAUUUUAAUACGUGAGCGACAUUAUAGUACUGAUUGAUUAAUGCUAAGAGAUCAUAUUUGGCAUUUGAAAAUUUAAAUUGAUUGAAUUCAUCUUAGCAGUUCUUGUUCUAUCUUAGAAUUACUCUGUGGGAUCAUAUAUUUCAUUUCUUUUACAUCAUAAAGAGGAUGUCUGUAUUCGAGUCAAGUUAGGAUAGAAACGUUGUCAAUUGAUGAGCCAAUGCUUCCAUCUGGAUUAAUUUUUAAAUUUUAUUCCUAUUUAUUUCAUGCAAAGCAUUUCUUCACUACACUAGAUAAAGAACUAUUGAACAUUGCAUUUGCAUGUUCAGUUUAACGCAAUUUUUUUCUUUUAAAGCAGAGACAAGGGAGCAGCAUAGGGUUGCCAAUCUUGAUUUAGCGCUCAGUGGAUCUUUUUUUUGUAUACUAACGAUUUUUCUGUCUUAUAUAUCUUUUCAUUAUACUUAUCGUCUGUUUUUUGAUUUUCCAGAGGGAUGGGAAAACCGUUGGGUGAAAUCUGAUUGGAAGAAAGAUGACGAUACGGCUGGAGAUUGGAUACACACAGCUGGAAAAUGGAACGGCGACUCUAAUGAUAAAGGUACACGGUUUUUCUUUUUUUGUCCCGGGGAUGUGCGUGGGUGGGGGGGUGGUGUAACGAACGAUUUGGCUCUACUUUUCAUUAGAGCUGAGGAUUUAAAAAUCAGACAAUCUAAAUUCAAGCUAGAAAAUGUUGCACUUGCCAAUAAAGAAUGUUAUUAUUGUCUGAGUGUUUAUGCACUCGUGAUAAAACAAUCAAAGCUGUAGUCUUCAUUCCCGGUCAAACGGGCCCAUCAUGUCUGACAACCAUGGAACAUUUUUCAGACCACAUAAUCGUUCAUUUAUUAUCUGCCAGAGAUAGCAGCACAAGUUUAGAAGUUUUGAGCAGUAGGUCACACGCUUGAAUAAGUAAAGCUUCUUUAAUAAAAUCACAAUCGAGACGAGAAUUUUUUUGACUGAAAUGCGCAGAAAUUCCUCUCAUCAUUGAAUCACUAUACUCAUUCAACGUAAAUUUGGUUGUUGGCAUAAUGCAGAUUACUGUCAGAAAAUUACAUCAGAAUUUUACUAGGCCUGAUUAAGAUGCCGAUGAUGCAUGAUUGCCAUUUAGUGUUGUUUUUCAUUGAGGUUCUGUUCCUAUGGAUGAAGAUAUUUUCUUUAUUCUUAAUUAUUCUUUUCGCAUGAACAGGUAUCCAGACAAACCCAGAUUACCGAUUCUUCGCUAUCUCUGCCCAGUUCCCAGAGUUCAGCAACAAGGAAAAGACUUUGGUCAUCCAAUACUCUGUCAAGCACGAGCAGAAGCUCGACUGUGGCGGUGGAUACAUUAAGUUGCUCAGUGGAGACGUUGACCAGAAAAAAUUCGGUGGCGAUACCGAUUACAGGUAAACGCUUGCUAAUCCACCUACAUGCACAUAUCUAGAUAUAUAUAUAUAUAAUCUACAAAUAUUCUUUCGGCGCCUCCUCUUUCAGAAUAUCUGAAACAUGCAUCCCAUGUUGCCUUAUCUGACCUUUUCUUCCCACUUCUCAAUGCAGCAUUAUGUUUGGGCCAGAUAUCUGCGGUUACACCACAAAGAAGGUCCACGCCAUACUAACCCGCGAGGGGAAAAACCACUUGAUCAAGAAGGACGUCACCUGUGAGACCGACCAGCUCACCCACGUCUACACGUUCAUCAUCCGCCCCGAUUCCACAUACAGCAUUCUGAUAGACAACAAAGAGAAGCAAACCGGUAGCCUCUACAGCGACUGGUCAAUCCUUCCACCCAAGCAGAUCAAGGACCCGGAGGCAAAGAAGGUCUAACCAUCUCCUUUUGUUAUUUCCCCGUCCUGCCUCUGCUGGGCCUCUCUUUGCUCCUCUCUCCAGAAGCCUUACGCUCCAUUAAUUAAUUCUCCAGCCAGAAGAUUGGGACGACCAAGAGUAUAUCCCAGACCCCGAGGACGUAAAGCCCGAGGUAACCCCCUUUUUUUAACCUCUUUGGGUCUUUCAAGAUCACGAAGCACAAGGUGCUACUAUUUUUUUUUCCUUUUAUGGAUAAAUUCACGCUAAUUAGAAAGGUAUUUAUUUUAUGAACAGGGCUAUGACGACAUUCCGAAGGAGAUUCCAGAUGCCGACGCCAAGAAGGUAACCUAUUUUUUAACUGAAUCAACUUCGGGCUUUGGGUCUUCUUAUAGACGAACUAAUUUCUCUGCGUUGCAGCCUGAUGACUGGGACGACGAGGAGGAUGGUGAGUGGACCGCACCGACGAUCCCCAACCCCGAGUACAAAGGACCUUGGACCCAGAAGGUCAGCAGAGAACCCCACGUGACUGAUACCCAGAAAGUCCACGGUUUGACUUUUCCUUUUGCACCUCCGCCGUUGACAGAAAAUCAAGAACCCCAACUACAAGGGCAAGUGGAGCGCUCCUCUGAUCGACAACCCAGAGUUCAAAGACAUCCCCGACAUCUACGUCUUCCCAAAUCUCAAGUACGUGGGCUUUGAGCUGUGGCAAGUAAGUACCCCCAACACCCGCCCAACCCAUUAAAGUAUUCCGUGCGGCAUUGAUUGCCCAUAUUUAAUCAGUACCUUGUUUGGAUAAAUAAUCCCAGGUCAAAUCUGGUACCAUUUUUGACAAUAUUCUGAUAACCGAUGACCCCGAGUAUGCUGUCAAAUUCGCUGAAGACACCUGGGGAAAGCACAAGGAUGUACGCUUCAAAUCCCCCCCUGCCCCCCCUUUUUCCUUUAUAUAUUUAUAUCUUUUUCGUGGAUGAGUGAUCGGAUACUUUCUUCUGGGCAGGCCGAGAAGGCGGCUUUUGAGGAAGCUGAGAAGAAGAGGGAAGAGGAAGAGGCUGCCAAGACUGAGGAUGAAUCUGACGUGAGCCCCCCCCCCCCCUUCUCUCUCUCUCUCUCUCGCUCUCGUUCUGUCUCUUUCUCUCGCUAACAAUUUCGGUGUCUCCAACUUGCAGGACGAGAAAGAGGAGGCCGAGGACGCGGCGGAGAAGGAUGAGUCGGACGAUGAAAAGGACACCGAGGACGCACCCAGUCAUGUACGUCCCUCCCCUCCUCUCUUUCCAUUUCUAAGACUAGAAAUGUUGACACCGAAAAAAGGGGAAUUAAAUUCUCUUUAUUCUUCUUCGACCGGAAUAAUUAAUAUACGUAGAAUAGGGAGGACAUCAGGGAAGAAUAACGCCACUUAGUAUCCGUAUCUUCCGGGGGUGUCAAUGGGCCUUCCAUGGACCCGGCCCAUUAAAACUGAGCCCAGCUUCCCCCCGUCUUGGUGCCUCCAUUUUUUAUGAGCUUGAGAGAGAGAGAGAGUAAUGAUGAUCUGAAUUUCUGUGCCUGCGAGGACGCACACUGACUGGGUUGUUUCCUUUUUUGGGGUCUGUUUGUGGCAGGAUGAGCUGUAG